AUGGCUAAACAAAAGCAAACUACAAAAUCGUCUAAACGAUAUAGGUAUUCUUCCUUCAAAGCCAGGAUCGACGAUUUGAAAAUUGAACCAGCAAGGAACCUAGAAAAGAGAGUGCAUGAUUAUGUUGAGUCAUCGCACUUUCUUGCUUCUUUCGAUCAGUGGAAAGAAAUUAAUUUAAGUGCCAAGUUUACGGAGUUUGCAGGAGAAAACGAGCAUGAUGUUCAAACCCUGCCCCAAAUAUUAUACCAUGAUGAAAAGAUUUUUAAUUCUUUGGUUUCAUUUAUCAACGCGCAUGAUGAGUUUUCCCUGCAACCACUAUUGGACCUCUUAGCUCAAUUCUGUCAUGAUUUAGGUCCAGAUUUUCUAAAAUUUUAUGAAAAAGCCAUCAGAACCCUGAUAAAUCUGUUAGAUGCUGCCAUAGAGUUUGAAUCCUCUAAUGUUUUUGAGUGGGGUUUCAACUGUUUGGCUUAUAUCUUCAAGUAUCUUUCGAAAUUUUUGGUUAAGAAGUUGGUACUGACAUGUGACCUUUUAAUCCCACUAUUAUCUCAUUCGAAGGAAUAUCUUUCAAGGUUUUCAGCAGAAGCGCUGUCCUUUUUAGUGAGAAAGGCUCCCGUUUCUAACUUAAGUAAAUUUAUCGAAUCUGUCUUUGGAAAAUUGGAGGAAGGUGAUGAGCAAAGCAAUCUUUAUGAAGGUCUUUUGAUAUUAUUCACUGAAUCCAUGACAUCUACGCAAGAAACGUUGCAUUCUAAGGCUAAGGUUAUCAUGAGUGUUCUAUUACAGGAGGCUUUGGCGCAAUCAUCACCAGAAAGAUCUGUUUCAUUGUUGUCAGAUAUUUGGAUGAAUAUUAGUAAAUAUGCCUCUAUCGAAAGUUUACUUCCGGUCUAUGACGUCGUGUUUGAGAACUUCAAUAAUUUACUCGACAGUACCAACCUCGAUAGGAUAAUGAAAGUGUUGGCAACUAUUGUCUUUUCUGAAAGUGGUAAGAAAAUUCCUGAUUGGAACAGUAUUAUCAGUUUGAUUGAAAGAAUAAUGAAUCAGAAUGAAAACUGUGCUUCUCUUUCACCAGAUAACCUAGCAUUCUUAUUUGCCUUGUUUAUUCGUAAUACUGAUGUGAAAACUCUGACUCAAUUUCACCAAAAGCUUUUCAACUAUGCUCUAACAAAUAUUGCAGAUCAUUUCCUUGAAUUCUUUCAAUUUGCAUUAAGGUUAAGUUAUGAAAGGGUAUUAUCAUUCAACGGCUUAAAGUUCCUGCAAUUAUUUUUAAAGGAGAACUGGGAAUCACAAGGGAAGAAAAUUGCACUUUUCUUUCUAGAGAUAGAUGAGAAGCCUGAAUUACAGAAAGUAUCGAAAGUCAUUUUUCCAGAGGAGUUCCUUUUAUCUAUCAGAGACUAUUUUAUCACAUCAGAAAUCAAAGAUUCGGACGAUCUUUUCGAAAUAUAUUGGCGAGCUAUAAUUUUCAGAUAUUCAAACUUAAAGGAUUCAGUGAUUAUUAACUCUUUGCUUGAACGUAUUUUUUUAACUUUUACAUCUCCAGAUAACUUUACAAAAGAUACGGUUGGUACACUCUUAAAAGUAUAUUCUAAGGGAGACUACGCUUCAGGGCAAGAUCUAUUAAAGACUAUUUUAGAUAAUUACGAAAACUACAAAGUAAGUUUAAGCUUUGUAAGCGGAUGGAACAAGUUAGUGGGUAACCUACACCCUUCAGAAGAUAUAAAAGAACUAUUAUCACACUAUCCAAAGCUUCUCAUUGACUUGACAGAUAACCUUGUGUUACCUGAUGGGAAAAUUCGUUACGAAACUUUCGAAUUAAUGAAGGCCUUGAUGCAUUUGCAGGGUACACCAAUACCUGAGCUUCUUUCUUCAUGCAUGAUUAUCGAGCAAGUACCUCUUACAUUACAAAAUGCCAGAGACUUAACUAUCAGAAUCAAAAAUGUUGGUGCUGAAUUUGGAAAAACUGAGACAGACAAACUAACGUCUUCUUUUUUUCUCAAGCAUCUGUUUGGACUUUUAACUGUUAGAUUUUCUCCAGCUUGGACAGGUGUUUUUGAUACUCUUCCUAAUGUCUACACAAAAGAUGAAGCUCUUGUGUGGAAAUUGGUAUUAACGUUUAUUAGAUGCCCUGAUGAAAAUCAGAAGUUGGAUUACUAUGAGCCUUUGCUUGAAGAUGGUACGGACACAAUACUGUGGGAUUCUGGCGUGGUGAGGUUAAGAGACACCAUUGAUACGUUCUCACAAGUUUGGUCAAAGUAUUCUACUCAAAAUACGAGCAUAAUAGGCACUACUAUAGAAAGAAGGGGGAACGUCACCUACCCAGUUUUGAUUAGAAAUCAGGCUUUAAAAGUUAUGCUAUCUAUUCCUCAAGUUGCAGAAAGACACUUUGCCGAUAUUGCACCUUUUGUUUUCAAUGAUUUCAAGACCUAUAAAGAUGAAGAGGAUUUGGAAAAUGAGCGUGUUAUUACUGGUUCAUGGAUGGAAGCUGAUAGGAACUUGUUUUUGAAGACUUUAAGCAAAUUCAAAAAUAUAAAGAAUGUUCACAGUACAGUGGAACUGCAUGAUCAUUUGAUGGUUUUAUUGGGUAGUCGUAAUACAGAUGUUCAGAAACUGGCGUUAGAUGCACUUCUUGCUUAUAAGGAUUCUACACUGAAUAAGUAUAGAGAUAACUUAAGGAAUCUAUUAGAUGACACUUUAUUCAAGGAUGAAAUUACAACUUUCUUAACAGAAAAUGGGUCACAGGCCAUCAAAAAUGACGAUGAGAAGGUGAUUAUGCCAUAUGUUUUAAGAAUUUUUUUUGGUCGAGCACAAGUACCCCCAACAAGUGGACAAAAAAGAAGCCGCAAAAUAGCUGUUAUUUCUGUUUUACCAAAUUUUAAGGAGGCGUACGUUAAUGAUUUUUUGACUUUGGCUAGUGAAAGACUGGACUAUACCUAUUUCUUCAACAACAACCACCAAAUAAAUGGCUCAAAGGCUACUUUGAAAACUAUAAGACGUAUGACUGGUUUCAUCAACAUUGUAAAUUCAGCUCUGUCUGUAUUGAGAACAAAUUUUCCAUUGCAUACUUCCUCAGUGUUGCAACCGUUAAUUUACUCGAUUGCUAUGGCAUAUUAUAUCCUGGAUACUGAGGGCACAGAAGAGGUUCAUUUAAGGAAGAUGGCAGGCAAUUUGAGGCAGCAAGGUCUAAAAUGUUUCAGUAGUAUCUUUGAAUUUGUCGGGACUGCGUUUGAUUGGUCCACAUCUAUGGAUGGUGUCUACACUGUUGUAGUUAAACCACGUAUCCCGCACUUUUCAGAUGAAAAUUUACAACAACCCUCCUCUUUGCUACGAAUUAUCCUUUAUUGGGCACAUAAUCCCUCUUUGUACCCAUUUCUGUACUACGAUGAACUAGCAGCAGCUACUGCGUUGAUGGACACCAUAUCAAACCAACACGUUAAGGAGGCUGUUAUUAGUCCCAUUAUUGAAGCAGCGGAUUCGAUUAUCAGAACACCAGUAAAUGAUGAUCAUUACGUAGAUUUGGUGACUCUUAUCUGCUCAUCCUGUUUGAAAAUACUUCCCUCGUUAUAUAUUCGACUUUCUGACUCAAGCUCUAUUUCUUCGUUUUUGAACUUGUUAGUCAGUAUUACUGAAUUGGGAUUUAUUCAAGACAAUGAUGUUAGAAGUCAUUUGGUCUCUUCACUGACAUCCAUAUUGAAGGGAAAGAUAAAAAGAUUGCCAGAAAAUGAUACCCAAAAAAUCCUAAAGAUAUUGAAACUUAUAGUAUUCAACUACGAUUGUUCUUGGAGUGAUAUUAAGGAACUCUAUGCAACCAUAUCGUCUUUGUUUAAAACAUUUGAUGAGCGAAAUCUCAGAGUUUCCUUAACAGAGCUCUUCGUGGAACUUGGUAGAAAAGUUCCUGAAUUAGAAAACAUUUCUAAAUUGGUUGCAGACUUGAAUUCAUACUCAUCUUUGCGUAUACAUGAGUAUGAUUUCCCUAGAAUUCUAUCCUCCUUCAAAGGGCUCAUUGAAAAUGGUUACAAGUCUUACAGCGAGAUGGAGUGGCUUCCUCUAUUGUUUACCUGUUUACACUAUAUUAACGAUAAGGAAGAACUUGCGCUAAGAACAAACGCAUCACAUGCGAUAAUGAAGUUUAUUGAUUUUAUUAACGAGAAGAAUAAUUCUAUUGAUGCCACGCCAUCAAUUUCUAUGCUAAAAGACAUCCUUUUACCAAGUAUAAGGGCUGGUCUCAGACAUCCUUUAGAAGAAGUACAAAGCGAAUAUAUAUCAGUGCUGUCAUAUAUGGUGAAAAACUCUAAAUAUUUCACAGACUUCGAAGAUAUGACCAUUUUGCUCUACAAUGGUGAUGAAGAGGCAGAUUUCUUCACAAAUAUUAAUCAUAUUCAACUGCAUCGUCGCCAAAGAGCUAUCAAAAGGUUAGGUGAACAUGCUCAUCAACUCAAAGAUAAUAGUAUAUCUCACUAUCUGAUACCAAUGAUCGAGCAUUAUGUAUUUUCAGAUGACGAAAGGUACAGAAACAUUGGGAAUGAAACGCAACUAACCAUUGGAGAUUUGGCACAACAUAUGAGUUGGAACCAAUACAAGGCUCUUUUCAGAAGGUAUAUUUCAAUGCUGAAAAACAAACCUCAUCAAAUGAAGCAAGCCACACUACUAAUUGUUCAACUCUCAGUUUCCCUUAGAGAAACUUUUCGUUCUGUAAGAGGUGAAACUGAAUCAAAGUUUACUUUGAGCAAAUUCCCUUCUAACUUGGAAGAACCCACUAAUUUUAUUAAGCAGGAACUGUACCCGACACUUUCAAAGAUUCUAGGCACAAGAGAUGACGAAACUAUCAUUGAAAGGAUGCCUAUUGCGGAGGCUCUAGUUAAUGUUGUUUUGGGGCUCACAAAUGAUGACGUUGUCCAUUUCCUUCCAAGUAUCCUAACGAAUAUUUGCCAAGUUCUAAGAAGUAAAUCCGAAGAGUUAAGAGAUGCCGUAAGAGUGACUCUCGGUAAAAUUAGUAUUAUCCUAGGUGCUGAUUAUCUUGUUUUUAUGAUAAAGGAGUUGAUGGCCACUUUAAAACGUGGUUCUCAAAUUCACGUAUUAAGCUACACUGUCCACUAUAUCUUGAAGAGUAUGCAAGGAAUAUUAAAACAUUCCGACUUAGACACUUCUUCCAGCAUGAUUGUUAGGAUCAUAAUGGAAAACAUUUUUGGUUUCGCUGGUGAAGAAAAAGAUUCAGAGAACUAUCACACAAAGGUUAAAGAAAUUAAGAGUAACAAAAGCUAUGACGCUGGUGAACUUCUCGCUUCAAACCUUAGCUUGACAGAGUUCGGUACAUUGCUUUCUCCUGUGAAAGCUUUGUUGAUGGUUAGAAUUAAUCUGAGGAAUCAAAACAAAUUGAAUGAGCUAUUAAGACGAUAUCUGCUGGGUCUGAAUCAUAAUAGUGAUUCUGAAUCGGAGGACAUUCUUAAAUUUUGCCAUCAGCUUUUCCAGGAGUCAGAAUUAAAUAAUAAUACUCAAAAACCUAAGAGGAAUGUGAGAACCGAAGUGGACGAAAAAGAAGAUUUUUUCUUGGUUAAUUUGGAAUCGAAAUCAUACACUAUCAAUUCACAUAGUUCCCUUUUGAAUAGCACUUUGCAGAAAUUUGCCUUAGAUUUGCUCAGAAACGUGAUAACCAGACAUCGUUCUUUUCUGACUGUGUCCCAUCUAGAAGCCUUCAUUCCAUUUUUGAGAGACUCAUUAAUUUCUGAAAAUGAAGGUGUGGUAAUUAGUACGUUACGUAUUUUGAUCACAUUAAUCAAGCUGGAAUUUUCUGAAGAAUCUAGCGAGAUCUUCAAAAACUGUGCAAGAAAGGUUUUGAACAUUAUUAAGGUUUCUCCCUCAACUUCAAGUGAAUUAUGUCAAAUGGGUUUGAAGUUCCUUUCUGCCUUCAUACGUCACACGGAUGCCACGUUGAAGGACACUGCCUUGAGUUAUGUUCUGGGAAGGAUCUUGCCAGACUUGAACGAACCAAGCAGACAGGGCCUCGCUUUUAAUUUCCUGAAAGCACUUGUUUCAAAACAUAUCAUGCUUCCAGAACUUUAUGACAUUACGGAUACUACCAGGGAAAUAAUGGUCACCAAUCAUUCAAAAGAAAUUAGGGAUGUGUCUAGGAGCGUCUAUUAUCAGUUUUUAAUGGAAUAUGACCAAAGUAAGGGCCGUUUAGAAAAGCAGUUCAAAUUCAUGGUAGACAAUUUGCAGUAUCCUACCGAAUCCGGCCGUCAGUCGGUAAUGGAAUUGAUCAAUUUGAUCAUUACAAAAGCAAAUCCUGCCUUACUAUCAAGAUUAUCAUCUUCCUUCUUUCUGGCACUAGUCAAUGUUUCCUUUAAUGACGAUGCGCCAAGAUGCCGUGAGAUGGCUUCGGUUUUAAUUUCAACAAUGCUUCUGAAACUUGAAAAUAAAGACCUUGAAAUUGUCGAAAAAUAUAUAGCUGCUUGGUUAAAACAAGCUGAUAAUGCAUCUUUUCUGAAUCUUGGGUUGAGAACUUAUAAGGUUUAUUUGAAGAGCAUUGGAUUUGGACAUACUAUUGAGCUAGACGAGCUUGCCAUUAAGCGUAUAAGAUACGUUUUGACCGAUACUUCCGUAGGAUCAAAACAUGAGUGGGAUCUGGUAUUCUCAGCUUUGGAUACAUUUUCGUCUUAUAUGGAAUCUACAGAAAGUAUUUACAAGCAUGACUUCAAAGACAUAUGGGAUGGGAUCAUUACGUGUCUGUUGUAUCCACACUCGUGGGUCCGUCAAUCUGCGGCUAAACUUAUUCAUCUUCUAAUAUGCAACAAGGGUAAACUGGAGGUGCCGUUGACCAACGUGGAAGUUCAAACCAUUGCAACAAGAGUUCUACAUCAAUUAGGUGCGCCUUCAAUUACAGAAAAUCUUGCCAAUGUCUCAAUAAAAACAUUAGUUAAUAUUGGUAUCCUAUGGAAAGACGAGAACACACCAUUUAUCAUGGAUAUGUCGAAGAAAACAGAAGAGGAACCGAAAUAUACUACUGCGGUUGACUAUAUGAUAAGUCGAGUUGGCGGUAUCAUUAGAUCUGAUGAACAUCGUAUGGAUUCUUUUAUGUCGAAGAAGGCGUGCAUUCAACUAUUGGCCUUAUUAGUUCAAGUCUUAGAUGAAGCUGAAGUGAUUGCAGAAGGUGAAAAGAUACUACUGCCGUUAUAUGGUUACCUAGAAACAUAUUAUUCAAAGUCAGUUGAUGAAGAACAAGAAGAACUACGCACUCUUUCUAACGAAUGUUUAAAAGUACUAGAAAACAAAUUACCAGUAUCCGAGUUUACUAGAAUAUAUACUGCUGUCAAACAGACUGUGUUAGAAAGAAGAAAGGAAAGAAGAUCUAAAAGAGCGAUUUUGGCUGUUAACGCUCCACAAAUUUCGGCUGACAAAAAGUUAAGAAAGCAUGCAAGAUCGAGAGAAAAGAGAAAACAUGAGAAGGAUGAAAACGGUUAUUAUCAGAGACGCAACAAGAAGAAAAGAGUCUAA